CUUGUAGCAAAGGGAUGGGAGAGAGAAAGGGGAUCUUGUUGAUAACUUUGUUUCUCAACUUCAUUAGUUUCUCUGCUUGUAAGCUUGAUGUUACCCAAUUCCCUCCCUCCUUCCUCUUUGGGACAGCUACCUCAUCUUAUCAGAUUAGUAUAAUUUUAGAAGAAGGAAUGUGAAUUUAGCAAUAUAUAUAUAUAUAUAUUUAUAUUAUAUUGAUCUCUAGGCACCCUCAUUCCUUGCAAGAUUUCUUAUGUACGAGGCUUUUGUGUGAAUAAUUUUUUUUAAUUCUUAAAUUCGACAAAUCUUUAGCUUUCAUUUUAGAUUGAAGGUUCCUACUGAGAAGAUAACAGAAGUUUAAGCAAUUGGGAUGUGUUCACUCACUUACAAGGAAAAAUUGAAGAUGGGAGUAAUGGAGAUAUUGCUUGUGACCAUCAUCACAAGUAUGAGGAGGCAGAUUUGGAGGAAUUAAUCUUUCGGGGAUUGAAUUCUAUAACAAACCCAUUAAUCAACUCUUGGUGAAAGCAACCUGGUGAAUGCCACAUCAGCAGCCCCCUCACGUGAGCACUAAACCUCUCACCCAUCACCCACGUGUCGAGAAACCCCUGCAACGGUCACCAUCAACAAUCCAUGUUCUCUAUUCUUCUGGGUUCUUCCCCUUUUGAAGAAACAAAGUGAAAGGAGAGGUUCUUUAGUUCGGCAAAGCUUUAGGUCUCACCCAUUGCCGGCGGCGAUGAAGUAGAAGAGGGUGCACACCUUGAAGAUGGCUGUCAAUUGGGAGAGGCGGCAGGAGGGCGACAAAGCGCCAGAUUACUAUCAAAUAUCUAGGUUGAAAUUGCUUUCAAUGGCCACAGAGUUUGGAUUAGAUAUUCAAGGUUGUGCUUUAUGGUGGUAGAUGUAUAUGGCGAGGAUAAACAGUUAAAGGAGAUUCAAAAUGAUUUAGAUGCCCUAAAAAUGGCAAUGACUGUAGGGCCGAGUAAGGAAGCAUGUGUGUAUGUUAAACUUGCUGGGAUUGGUUGUGUUGAAGGUUCUAAUGGUGAAGCUAAAAAGGCAGAACAAAUGAGUAGGUUGGAGUUAUUGAAAGGAGUGGAAGAAGAUGAAGUUGGUGCUGAAGAUGAUCUAGAAGACAUUUUAGUGAGUGGGCAAGGAGAGGGGAAACUAGUGGAUGAGGAGAAUGAUUUGCAUGACUCAGAUUAUAGUAUUAAUGAUGGGGAUACUGAUGUAGAAGAUGGGGACAAUGUUACAAGACAAAGGCCUGAGGUAGACAUAAAUGGAGAACUUGGAGAAGUAGGAAGUGAUGGUAACGUGAAGUCAGACUAUGCUAGGUCUGAACAACUCCAAUCAUGCUCUUCAACAGACGAGGAUGAGUUGGUGACUGCCAAGCCUAGAUAUGCAGAAUUCAAUAAUGAGGUGGACAUCAAGAAUCCUCAGUUUAAGAUAGGAAUGAAAUUUGGUAGCUUCAAACAGUUUAGGGAGGCUGUUAGAAGUUAUGGGAUUAAAAAUCGAUAUGUGAUGAAAUUCAAGCCUAAUAACAAGAAGAAAUGCAAGGCAUUUUGUACGAAGGGGUGCCCUUUCUACCUAUGGGCCUCCCCUAUGGUGAAUGAUAGGAGCACAAUACAAAUUAAGACUGGGAAUUUGGUACACGAGUGUACAAGAGAUCAUGUCAAUAGACAUGUCAAUGCACAAUGGAUUGCAAACACUUAUUUGGAACAAUUUAGGGCAGAUCCAUCUUGGAAACUUUCUGGGGUCAUCCAAGCUGUGAAGACAAACCAGGAAGUUGAUAUUAGCAGGCUUAAGGCCUAUAGGGCAAAGUGUAUUGCACAAAGGAUCAUUGAUGGGGAUGAAGAGUCUCAAAUGGCAAGGUUGCAUGACUUUGAGCUAUUAAAGACUCACCCUGGUUCCGCCAUCAUUGUGAAUUGCAAUGAUGAAGGUGUAUUUGAAGCCCUUUAUGUCUGCCUAGCUCCAUUAAGAGAAGGGUUUUUAGCAGGUUGUAGGCAUCUCAUUUCUGUGGAUGGAUGCUUCUUGAAAGGCUUGUAUGGAGGGCAACUUCUUUGUGCUGUUGGGAUAGAUGCAAAUGAUUGCAUCUAUCCCAUUUCUUGGGCUAUGGUGAAGAAGGAAAACAAGGACAACUGGAAGUGGUUCUUCGAGGUGUUAGCUGAGGACCUGAGGAUAACUGACAGCAAGAAGUGGGCUUUCAUAUUAGAUAGACAAAAGGGUUUAAUGCCUGCAAUUGCAGAGGUAUUUCCAUACAGUGAGCAUAGGUAUUGUGUGACGUACAUUCACACAAACUUCAAGAAAACAUUUAGGGGCAAAGCUCUUAAGGACCAACUCUGGGCUUGUGCUAGGGCAUCCUAUUAUUCUGCAUUUGAGAGAGAGAUGGAAAUUUUGAAGGUGAUGUCUAUUGAAGCCUAUGAGUAUAUGAAAAAAAUAGAACCAAAACAUUGGAGUAAGUCACACUUCCAAAGUCAAUUUAAGUGUGACAUCCUAUUGAAUAAUUUGUGUGAAUGUUUCAAUAGCAACAUUGUUGAAGCUAGGAUAAAGGGUAUCAUCACCAUGAAUGAGAUGAUCAGGACUCUAUUGAUGAAAAGAAUUAAGAAAAGGAGAGAUGCAAUGCAAAAAGUAACAACAAUGUAUUGUCCUAGAAUAUUAAAAAAACUUGAAAAAUUCAAACAAGCUAGUUGGCUUUAUACCACAAUAUGGUCAGGGGGGGAUAUGUAUCAAGUUGGAGGUCCUGACGGGCAGUUUGUGGUUAAAAAAAAGCAUUGUUGUUGUUCUUGUAGAAAAUGGCAGUUGAGUGGUGUGCCCUGCAGCCAUGCAAUAUCUGUCCUGUAUUAUAAUAAUGAAAAAGCUGAAAAUUACUUAGACAAAUGGUACAAAGUUAGCACUUACAUGGAAACAUAUGCCCACAUACUUUACCCAACACAUGAUAGAGGUUCAUGGCCAAGGAGUGGGUACCCACCUGUCAUCCCACCAGAACCAGUAAACAAAAGGAGGGGUAGGAAAACUUUGUUGAGGAGGAAGGAAAUUGAUGAACAAAGUGGUAUAAAAAAUAACAGAGUUAAUAAGAAGGGAGUGAAGAUGAAGUGCAACAUCUGUGGUACAGUGGGACACAACAAGAGAUUCCAUGGAACUCAGGCCAACAAAUCUUGUGCAAGUGCAACAAAUACAGCUUCAAGAUCUAACAUAGACAUUGAACAACCUUUUUCCCAAGUGGGUAUCACCCAAGGCUUAAAAGAACCCUUUUCAAUGGUUAUUGAAAUCCCUAUUGAAGGAGUCCAGGAAGGUGCAUUGGUAACAGACUACACAACAAAUCAAGGAUCACAAGAUCCUUUGUCACAGGUGGUUAUAGACCCACUUUCAACAUAUACUGUGGAUCAGACCUUAGCAGGAACUCAAUCCAGAAUUACAAAAUUAACUAGAAGGGGUGGUAAAAAAUCAAGCAACAUUCAGGAAGAUGCAUCACAUGACAUACACCCACAAAGGAAACACAAGAAUGCUGCAGAAGGGACAAGAGCAAGGGAUCCUGAGAAAAGGAAGAGAGUGUGGCUACCACCAGGAGCUGGAGCUUUUUUUGGUUAAAAUGAAUCAAUUUCAAAAUGGA